AUGUAAUGGAAGAUGUCAUGCGCAUGCUAAAGAAUAGAGAGAGAUAAGGAAAGGAAUGGUGGGAAUUGAAUUGUAAAAAACGCACUAACUUGCUACUGAUCAAUAACUCUUGAAAAAAAGUGCAACAAUAAGGAAUCAUCAUUGCCAUUUGCCAUCAACUAUCACCACUCUUAUAAGUCUUUUCAUACCAUCCCUCUUCUUCUUUUUUCUUCCCUUUUGCUGCUUCUACCCUUUUCUUGGAAAAAAGUAAUCUUUCUUUUUAUAGGUGGCUCUCUGAUCAGUGUUUGAAAAGUGGGAUUUUGUUUUUUUGAAUUUUUUUUGUGGGUUUGAUCUUGAUGGGGAACUGUUGGUGUGGGUGGAAAAUUUACAGGGUCUCUUCCAACUCAAAAUCUGAAUCCCCUGAUCAAGGCCCCUCAGAAAAGGUAACAAAGGAUGAGAGAAAACUACCAUCAAAUCCAGAAGAAGUAGAAGAUCUACGCCGUUGCACUUCAUCAAAGCCACUGACUGUGUUCACGUUCAACGAGCUCAAGAGCAUCACUUCGAAUUUCAGACAAGAUUACAUGUUGGGAGGGGGAGGAUUUGGGAGUGUGUACAAAGGCUACAUUUCUGAAGACAUACAAGGCCUUCAGCCAAUCACAGUUGCUGUCAAGGUUCAUGAUGGAGACAACAGUUCACAAGGUCAUAGGGAAUGGCUGGCUGAGGUGAUCUUCUUGGGGCAGCUCUCUCAUCCAAAUCUUGUCAAGUUGAUUGGCUAUUGCUGUGAGAACGAACACCGGGUUCUGAUAUACGAGUACAUGCCUCGUGGCAGCGUUGAAAACCUUCUCUUUUCGAGAGUUCUGCUGCCUCUCUCUUGGUCUACUAGAAUGAAGAUAGCUUUUGGUGCAGCAAAGGGGCUGGCUUUUCUGCACGAAGCAGAGAAGCCGGUCAUCUACCGCGAUUUCAAGACUUCCAACAUCUUGUUGGAUGAGGAAUACAACGCGAAGCUCUCUGAUUUCGGCCUUGCCAAAGACGGGCCAGAGGGGGACAAGACUCAUGUCUCCACGCGCAUAAUGGGAACCUAUGGAUACGCUGCACCCGAGUACAUAAUGACAGGCCACCUGACUCCUAGGAGCGACGUGUACAGCUUUGGAGUGGUGCUGCUUGAGCUUGUGACGGGGAGGAAGUCUCUGGACCGGUCAAGGCCAGCACGGGAGCAGAAUCUGACGGAAUGGGCUGCCCCGUUGCUCAAGGAGAAGAAGAAGGUGCUCGACAUCGUGGAUGGGAGGCUAGGAGGAGACUAUCCGGUAAAGGGUGUGCAGAAAGCAGCCAUGCUAGCCUACCACUGCCUUAACCGCAACCCAAAGGCACGGCCGCUCAUGCGAGACAUCGUGGACUCGUUGGAGCCUCUGCAGAUUGAGGCUAAUGCUGCACCUCACAACCUCUCUUUCACUAUAUAUACUAGUCCCAACUCAAAUGCUGGCUAGUCAAAAACCAAAACUGAACACUUUAAUUCUUCUCGUUUUUGUUCAUGUUUGUUAGUUAUAAUCUAUACUAGUUUGUAGAAAAUCAAGAGUUUCAUAUAUACAGAUUGAUAAAUCUUCUUCCUUUUUGGUUGUUGUGA